UGUUCGGGGAUUGGUCGACUUUGUUUGGAGUUGCAAUGGUGGUUCGUGUAUGGAAGCGGCAAGCCACGUUGACACAGAAACUGCUACUUCGUCAUUUUCGAGACACCGGAAAGUAAAGCAACACCGCUAACCGCUGCCUGUCAGAUUCGGAGCGCCUUUUAGGUUAUAUAAGAAUAGCGGAGGAGCCACGUCACCUGUCAGAAUGAGUGUCGGCUUCAUCGGAGCAGGUCAGCUGGCUCAUGCGUUGGUGAAAGGAUUCACAGCCGCAGGUGUGAUUGCGACGCACAGGAUCACAGCCAGCUCCCCAGACACCGACCUGCCCACCGUGACCGGCCUGAGGAAAAUGGGAGUGAGCCUGACAACCAGUAACAAAGAGACAGUCAGCAAGAGUGAUGUCCUCUUUCUGGCUGUGAAGCCUCACAUAAUCCCCUUCGUCCUGGAUGAGAUUGGGCCAGACAUUGAAGACCGUCAUCUCAUCGUGUCUUGUGCUGCAGGUGUCACCAUCAGUUCCAUUGAAAAGAAACUCCUUCAGUACCGCUCAGCCCCUAAAGUCAUGAGGUGUAUGACCAACACUCCAGUGGUGGUGAGAGAGGGAGCUACGGUCUACGCUACUGGCACUCAUGCAGAGGUGGAGGAUGGUAAGCUGCUGGAGCAGUUGAUGGCUAGUGUAGGCUUCUGCACCGAGGUGGAGGAGGACCUCAUUGACGCCGUCACUGGGCUAAGCGGCAGUGGUCCUGCUUACGCAUUCACAGCACUGGACGCCCUAGCAGAUGGAGGAGUGAAGAUGGGUCUGCCCAGGAGACUCGCUGUCCGACUCGGAGCUCAGGCUCUAUUGGGAGCAGCCAAGAUGCUGCUGGACUCGGAGCAGCACCCCGGCCAGCUGAAGGACAACGUGUGUUCGCCAGGGGGUGCCACCAUUCAUGCCCUUCAUGUCAUGGAAAGCGGGGGCUUCCGCAGCCUUCUCAUCAAUGCCGUGGAGGCCUCUUGUAUCAGGACAAGGGAGCUGCAGUUUCUGGCUGAUCAGGAGCGCAUCUCCCCAGCAGCAAUUAAGAAGACCACCCUGGACAAAGUGCUCCAGCAGCCUGGAGUCACAGUCAGCGGAGUCAACAAUGGAAAUGGAAGGUCAGGACUCAGCCUGUUCAACAACCGAAACUCUGGGGUCAAGAAGAAGAACUGAGCGUGCACGCCAACACAUGCCCCACGAACAAGCUACACAUGGACGUGCGUCUCCUCCACCGAUGAGCCACUGAGAGCCUCGGCACGUGUGAAAUUGACAUUUAGCAAGUAAUUUAUUUCUGCUCGAGUUAUGUGGAUCUGGUGUGCUUGCACGCAGAUAGAAUAUUGCAGAUGUAUCUUACGUUAUACACACAGUCUCAUUUUUUUGUUUUGUCUCUUCAGCAGACACCAAUAUUACCAACAUAUUUUUUUUACAGCUUUAGCCCACAAUAUUUCAUACUAAACAUCUCUGUCUCUGUGGAUAUAUGGAACACAAGGAAUUGAUCGUCAUACGUGUUCCAACAUGAUGUACAAUUAUUAUAUCGGAAUAGUCCGUCCUUAUUAUAUGUUUCAAAUAUCUCCUAGUUCUUUUCCAGUCUUUCUUUAAAUGCCGCCAAUUGCCGGGUUUGAAUUUUAAUCAACGCAACAUUAAAUAUGUUGAAGCUUCUGUUUUUCCAUCUGACUGGCAGAUAUAUGCAAAAACAUCUGAGUAUGAAGUACAUGCAACCUAUCCUGCACCGUGACAGAAAUAAACAAAUACCGAGUGCAAAUGGAAAAUUAGAGGGCAUAAUCCAAAGUAACAUGGAACAUCUCCAGUUUGUAUGUAGUAUUUGUCUAAUGGUAUCUAUUUCAAUCAGGAGUGCCGUCCAGUUGUAAAAGUGGAACCCAAAUCCAAGGAUUGCUAGCAUGUUCUCCCACCUGCCUUGAAAAGCAAUCAUCGGUACUUUUGAUAGUGGGCUACACUUGCUCUGCUGGUUGUGUGGAAAAAGAGACGACAUCUUAUAAUUGAACAAAUGAUUGCUUAUUUUCCCUUCCUUAGAUGAAAGUGUGGUGGUGCAAUUUCUCUAAUGCGUGUGCUUCCUGCAUUGAUGAGACAUUCGUUGUAAUACUUCUGUCACCUUUCACGUUCAUUUUAAAAGCCUCUGUCCACACAAAGUGAUGAGGACUCAUUCAUCUUGACACUGAAGGUCGGUGUAAAAUGCAGCACGGAUUGAGUGUGUGUGUACCACAGGCCAGCAUAAGGUGGAUUAUUAUCUACAGGUAAACCAGAUGCUCGCUGUCAUCUCCAACCAAUCCGUUUCAUCACUGACCUUUGCCGGAACAUGCGUGUUUGCAUGUCAAGGAUGAGGAUGCCAGACCAAGGCAUGGAAGAGCUUUUCCAGCCACCCAGUACCUCCAUCUUCUCUGAUGUGCACAACUCGCACGAGCCAGGUAAGGGCUGUUGCUUCUCAGAUUUCCUCAUUGUGCUGUUUGCGUUUGUUUUGAAGUGUGCACAAUUGAGAUGUUCAGCCUGAUAACGGUAUCAGUUGAACACAGCCAUUGGAUAAAAGAAGUAUAAAAAACCAACUUAUAUUGCAUUUAUACGAGCAUAAAAUGGAAGCUCAGUUUUUGAUUGGGUUGAAUUGGUUUUGCCACAGUAGACCGCAUUUAGACAUCAUGAACACAAGAGACAGUCAGCCUGGGCUUAUUUGUCUUGCAAAUGAAUGGCUAGUAUCUUCUGGUGUAGCUGUUGUACUUCUAUAAUACCUUCACCCUGGUGUAGCCGUUGUACUUCCGUUGCGCUGAUGCCACUAACAUUUGUUUCUUUGCAGCUCUCGCUAUGUUUUUAAUCAUCUGCUGGUGUUUUUCUUCGUAACGCAUGCUAAGAAGUUAGUAAGAAUGUUUUGUUUGUUUCUCACAUUACGUAAUUUUCUUUAAUAUUUAUGCUUCAUGCUUUUCAAAUGAUAUUUUCCCCUACACUAUAAUUUUGUGACUUUAUUUGCGUACAAAUUCCAACUUUUUUUCCUUUUGAAUAUAACUUUUACUCUGAAUAUUUUGACUUUAUUUUCCGAAUAUUUGUGGUGUUUUUUCAAUGUAUGCUGUUGCUUUAUGUGUAAUUUUGCAAAUAAUUUAACUUUCUAUUUGUAAAUUUUCUUAUAAUUAUGACGCUAUCCCCAUUUAUUCUUGUAAUAUUUUCCCUGUUUUCUU